GCGAGAAUGACAGCUCAACAGCAACGAAACGUCAAAACGUGGCGGGGUUUCCUCUCUAGGUUCGCGCGACACCGCGGACGAUGCCAGAAGAGUUUCGUAUUUUGUCAUCCUUGUUAUCGAUGCACCGGGAGCAGUUCUGUCAAACAAUAAGUGCGGAAUUGUUGACGAAUUGUCGCGGCAGCGAAUCGAUCACAUCGCGUCGUCGUUCGACAUGGGAGACGGCAAGGAGGGCGAACGGCAGUCGCUGCUGAAGAACGAGAACGUCACGUACAGCUCGCACGGCAGCGAUGCAAUCGACGAAUCACAGUCUACCGUUUCACCGAUCGGCCCGGAUGAAUUACCCCCGCCCUAUCAGUCCGCGACCCAGGGCGGCAUGCCGAUGGUCACCUGCAGAGUUUGUCAGGCGAUGAUAGAUAUUUCCGGCAAGAGGGAUCAGCACGUCGUCAAGUGUUGUCAGUGCAACGAGGCCACGCCUAUACGGAAUGCUCCACCAGGAAAGAAAUACGUACGAUGUCCGUGUAAUUGUCUGCUAAUAUGCAAGAGUUCUUCGCAACGUAUUGCCUGUCCAAGGCCGAACUGUAAACGUAUUAUCAAUCUGGCUCCAAGUCCUAUUACACCACCAGUUUUGUCCAUGCCAGGCAUGUGCAGGGUAGGCUGUGCACAUUGCCAUGACACAUUCUUGUUUAACACAUUAAAUAAUGCUCUGGCACGAUGUCCACAUUGUCGUAAGAUAUCUUCAGUUGGUCCAGAUUUUGCUAGAGGACGAGGGAUUAUUUUCAUUAUUGUUGGAAUUAUAGCCUUAGUAAUUGCUAUAUCAGUAACGGUUGGGACCUACAAAUACGUAAAGACGAAUGGUGGAAUUUAUGUUGCUUAUGUUGGUGCAUUUUUAUUGGCACUUUUGUGCUUGGGACGCAGCAUUUAUUAUUGUACAAUGAAGAUCAGUUUAAUAGAGGGUCCUAUGUAGUCUUAAAAAAAGAAACUACAAUGAGUGAACAAUCCCACUGAAGAGAUGAUUGUCAUAUAAUCUGUUUAGAUCAAAUGUUUAUAGUAACGUGACAUCUCAAGUUCGUUUUAAGGCAAAAACGAUAUAAUAUAUAUAUAUAUAUAUAUGUGUGUGUAUGUAUAUAUAUACAUAUAUAUGUAUGCAUAUACAUAUACAUACACAUACAUGGCCAUAUGUGCAUAUGCAGACCUGUAUUGUUUAUAAUAAUAAUGCAUGUAUACAUACAUUCUCUUAUAUAAUAUGCAUACACAUAUGAACGUGUUCCGUGAUCAGAAAGAAAGCGGACGUUUGCGACGUUUUCGUCUGGUAAGAUAACGAUUGUAGAAAAUUUCUCUCGGAAAUCUUAUUUUAUGAAGAAUUGAUUCUCUGCACUUUUAUAUACGCAAGCAUAGGAUCAAUUAACCAUGGGUUCCGAUUUUUAAUUUCAAUCUACUGACUAGAAUACGCUCUAUACAUAAUUAUAUAUACAAGCUUUCUACAAUACAUCGCGUAUCGAAUGCACAUCAAUAAAAUCAAAGUGCAAAUGUGCUCACAAUUCCAAAACAUACAUAUAUGUAGUAAGUUUUAAAAUCCAUACGAAUAAGUCUAUGCAAAAUAUGUUUUUAAAUUUGUUCUUAUAUUGUUCUAUACACAAGUAUCUGUAUCGAAAAAUUAAAAAAAAAAUUGUAUUAUUUCAAAUAAA